AAAAAAAAAAGAUGGGCGUGCCCGCGUGCUGCAAGCAUCCCCAUUUGUUGUGCCGCAGAGCCAAACCAACAACAAGUUGCAGCAGACCUUCCAGCGAUGCAACUGCAGGCCCACAGCCCAGUGCGGCACGUCAAUACUCACCGUGCCACCACGGCGACACGAGCUGUGGAGGUCUAAUGAGGCUUCAUUGCCAAUCUUGCUGGCACACCUUACCUCCGUCCGUAACAGUGCAGCCAUACACCCACACACACGUAUAUGUAUAUAUAAGCGGAAACACGGAGCUCACAGCGUCGCAAACAUCAUGCAUGCUGCAGCACGCUUAGGGAAGCAUUACACGACCAAAACGCAGAACACGUGGAGCACACAAGUAGCACCGUCAUUGGCAUGA